UUAAUUUCACUUGCGGUCACCAUGAACACAAUUUAUUUUUGAGCCAAGUCCAACCAAAUUGGAUUUUAUAAUUGUAAAACUAUAAAAAUUGCGGUGUGCUUAACCAUUAUCGAGCUAGUUAAUAUACGGAAAAAGUGCCAAGUUGAUAGCUAAUCGAAUCUAAAGUUCAAACGCGAAAUAAUCGAAAAGUUGCGAUCUUUUUUCAAUGGCUACCUCUCCCUUUCCAGUUUUUAUAAGAAAUAAACAAAACUCCAAUUGGAAAAUAGUCAUGAUUACACCAACACAAUAAAAACAACACGAAUAAUGUGCGGGCGCAGUGUAAAAUAACGUAAAUAACGUAAGAAAGCAUAGAAAGUUAACGUAAAACGAGUAUUGCGCAUUCCACGACGGCAGUAGUACCAGUAACGGCAACAACAACAACGACCACUAUAGUAGCAGCAGAGCAACGAGAACAAGCAAUUCGAAAGUUUGCUAUCGUUGCGGCGAGCAGAAAGCACAUUCAUCUCAGAUGGCAACACCACCACGGGCUUUGGAUACCAUCUCGCUGUGCUCCACAGUAUCCAGUUGUCCAGACCGCAAUGGCUUCUAUGGCGGAUUCCAGCGAACCGACAAACCCAAGGAACCGCUCUCUAAGGCACAGAUCAUUGCACGCGAAAAGAAAUGGCUUUAUAUGAUUGACAACUGGUCCAUAUAUAUGUCGAAAAACUACAAAAAGAUACGCGAUAGAUGUCGCAAAGGAAUACCGAAAUCAGUGCGUCCCAAGGCUUGGUUCUAUUUGUCGGGUGCAUAUUUGCUUAAGAAAAAGAAUCCAGAUGUGUAUGAGGAGUUAUUGAAGAAGCCUGGAAAUCCAGCGACUAUUGAGGAAAUCAAAAAAGAUAAGCAUCGUCAGUUUCCGUUUCACGAAAUGUUCCUCGACGAGCAGAAGGUGGGACAAAUCGAACUCUUCAAUGUGUUGAAGGCCUAUUCGAUAUACAACCCAAAGGUUGGAUUCUGUCAAGCACAAGCGCCAAUAGCAGCAUUUCUAUUGAUGCAUUUGCCGGCAGAAGAUGCCUUUUGGGUAUUUGUCAGCGUAUGUGAUGUCUACUUGCAGGACUACUUUAUACCUGGGCUCGAAGUGAUACAAAAUGAUGCCGGGAUACUGGAGGGAUUGCUGAAGAAAACUUGCCCGCCCGUCUACCGUCAUCUGCAGAAGCACAAAGUAGAACCGUUGCUCUACAUGACCGAUUGGUUUCUAUGCGCUUUGACGCGCACUCUACCCUGGGAGACCCUGCUGCGAGUAUGGGAUUGUUUUCUUGCCGAGGGCAUACGAGUCAUAUUCAAAGUGGCGCUCGUCAUUAUUGGAGCAUCACUAAGUCGGCACAAGGUGCGCAAGACGUGCACAGGGCUGUGCGAAACGUUGGCGGUGCUACGUUCACCCCCAGAGCACAUUAUGGAGGAGGAGUUUAUUAUAAACAAUAUGAUGCGUCUCAAUUUGCGUGUAGAAGACUUUCAAAUUGAACAUACACGCCAAAAGGCGCGACGUGCCAAACAAAAGGCACAGCAAGAUGGGGCAACGAGUGGAGGGGCGGAGUCAAGCACAAGUAAUGGAAGGCGCAACAUGCCAACGCUGUGAGGAGAAAGGAGCACUACACGCCAACUAUUUACUACAACAACCAUCAGCAUCAAAUUGUUACUAAACACACAACAGACACUCACACGAAAACAUACAGCGCAUAAGUUUUAUAUAUGUUUACUUGAAUAUAUAUACAAGACAUAAACAUGCAAUGUCGAAUAGAGAGGGAAACGUGCACAAAAAAAAGGAGAACGGAACUGAAACUUGUAAACUUCGAAACGAUAUAUGAAAAUGAUAAACAGAAAUAUGAAUAACAAACCAACAAACAAACAAAAACAAAAACUGUCUAAUCAACAGUGAAUUAGAUUAUUUUCAUUCCAUGCGCAUACGAAAGUAUUUGGCAACAGUUUGUUUAAUAUUUUAUAAGUUGAAAGGUUGUUCUUUAAUUUAAUUCAUAUAGUUGCAAUUAUUAUAUGCGUGCAAUUUUUUUAUGCUUUUCAAAAGUAUUUAUUAUUAUUUAUUAUAUGUAUUACAUAAAUUUAAAACAUUGAUAGCAUUAGUAAUUUACAACCAGAAUACAUAUCGUAUUAUUAUCAUACUUAUUAUUGAUUUACUGUUUACAACCAACAUUUUAUUGGCAGCUACAUAUAUAAUGUUGAUGGCUCAAACAACCGAAAAAAAACGCAUGCAUUCUCCUCUAAUUAAAUAACUUAUAUACUAUAUAUACAUUUUGUAUAUUAAUUUAUAGUUGGUUUUUUAUAUACAUUGGUCCGUGUUUACUAAACCACUUAAGAAAACCAAAUGCAAUUCAACAUCUUUCGUUAAAAUCAAUUUUGUUGUCCAAACUUUAUGGGGCGUUACUCGGGGGAAUUUAGUAAAAAUUAAAAAUAAAUCACUAUUACUAAUAAAAUAAAGAUUAAUAUAAACACA